UUAUUCAAAUGCUCCACAUGGUUACUCCAAGUGCUCUUCCCUGCAUGCCUUUCUACAUGCAGGUUAAUUGUGAUCGGAUAUUAGACAUACUUGAAGUCCUGGUCUUUAGUGCUGCUGAGGGAUUCCUGGUUUUAUUUGAGACAGUUUGAUGAGUUCAUGGACCCCCAACUGUCUGCCCUCCCGCUGCAGCUGCAUGGCAACAGUUUGGCUAUGAGCUCUGGACAAGUGCCAGAACUAAACCCUGGAUACAAUGAAGGAGGAGGAGGCCAAGAAGCAGAACUUAAUCAGCAAAACAUGACCUCCUUUGCUCCUGUCAGUUCCAGGUUGAACCCAGGUGAACACUUUGAGAAUCCACCUGAGCCUGUGGGUCACUGCCACGCCAAGGACAAGCUGGACAUCAAGAGCAGAAGCUGUAGUGUGCUCACCAUCUGCCACUCAGGAGUCAUUUUCCCCUGGAUGAAUCCACGGACGACUGACUCUCAACAAUCUGUCAGUGGAGAUGUGGCUGCAGCAGCGGAUCUAUCAGGAAGAGGAAGUGCCAGGAGGGAGAGGACGGCGUUCACGAACAUCCAGCUGCUGGAGCUGGAGAAGGAGUUCCACUUCAGUCCUUACCUGUGCCGCCCUCGGAGGAUAGAGAUGGCUGCUGGGCUGCAGCUCACAGAUCGGCAGAUAAAGAUCUGGUUCCAGAAUCGCAGGAUGAGGUACAAGAAGGAGCACAAGCAUGGAAAUGUGGCUGGUUUGUCCCAGAUGUCUCCCUUUGACCCCUCUCCCAGCUUAUGUCCAGACCUCCUGAGGUUUUCAGACUCUUGUGCUGUCAGAACCUCUUCCUCUGCAGAGCUGCACUGCAUGGAUUAUGCAUCUGUCUCCUGCAGUAGUGGUCAGUGUUUUCAACCUCAAGGUCUGACCCAUGUGAGCUGCAUACCUCCAUCUGUUGGUCCACUGCACUCCUGCACGGAUGGGGAUAGUCAUCACCAUGCCGGCAUUUCAAACUGGCCCUAGAGCCCCAUAAUAGCUGCCCCUCCUGUGCUCAUCAAAACCUCACCAAUACAUCCACUUUCACUUACUUAUAAAAGACCUGAGGACGUCUGAUUAGCCUCCCUGGGCUGGAAUCCCCCCAACACAGCCGCUCACCGUUCAUGAAACAUUUUAAUUAAACUAUGUGAAUGUAUCUUAAUUAAAGGAGAGCUGCAGUGAAAUCAUUUGUGUUUCCCAGGCACAGAAACUGGAGACUGCGGGUCUUUAAACUUGUUGUUAAUAAUGUACACAAAAGGCAUGCACAAGAUGUUGAAGCAUUUUUUAACUACAUGUUUUUUUAAUGUGAUUUUGUGGCUGGUAACAACAUCGUUGCAUGUUUAAUGCAUGUGGGAAUCAUACUAUGAGGGAGUUUUUUAUAUUCUCUUGUCAUCAAAGAGCAGCUAAGUGGCUGUAAUAGAUUUUUUGGCCUCUCUUUCUUCAUAACUUUAAACAGCUGACUUUUUGUGUAAAAUGUGUAAAAAAAACAGAGAACCAGAAGAAUGGUCGCAUUGAAUGAUGUUUUAUUUUUGUUAAAGCCGUUUGAAGAUAGGGCAAGUCUUUGAUACUGUUUCUUGUUUAACUGAGAUGUCACAUGCUGUACAUGCUUAAUAAAUGCAUUUGGGAAAUCUGCA